AGCAAAACACAAUGUGUUGGAGGAACUCAGUGAGUCAGGCAGCCUCUGUAGAGGGAAUGGCCAAACGAUGUUUGAGGUCUGAGCUCUUCUUCAGACUGAAAAUUCAGCUUGAAGGAGGGUCCCGACCAAAAGCAUUCUCUGUCCAUGCCCACCCCAGACCCAUUGAGUUCCUCCAAAGCACUCAGUGCUUUGUGUAAAUUUAGCCUCUGACUAAAUUGUGGGAUUGAAGUAAGUCUAAGCUUUUUGUUUUGUACCUCUUCCAGUUCAUUGAUGAAAUGAAGAGAAGAAGCAGUGAAGUCCCACAUUUCCACAGAGAUUCGGGAUUAGAUUGAGUGAUCAAAUUUAAGAAGCCUUUAAAGGAAAGAAAUGGACGCAAGCAUCUUUGAGGGAACAGAAACUGUUGAUUACUGUUACGAAUUUGUAAAUGGAUCCUGUCCUAAAGCAGACCGAACAAGCAGCGUGCGGGUUCUGUUGUAUAUACUUAUGACGUUAAUAAUUCUAUUUACCAUCGUCGGUAACCUGUUACUCAUCAUUUCAGUUUUCCAUUUCAAGCACCUUCAAACACCCACUAAUUAUCUAAUUCUUUCCCUGGCUACUACUGACUUUCUAUUGGGAUGUCUGGUUAUGCCUUACAGCAUGGUGAGAUCAGUGGAAACGUGUUGGUAUUUAGGAAUGCCAUUCUGUAAGAUUCACACCAGCUUUGAUAUUAUGCUCAGCACAGCUUCAAUAUUACAUCUUUGUUUCAUUUCUGUUGACCGUUACUAUGCAAUGUGUGAUCCAUUGAGGUACAAAUUAAGAAUAACAUUUUUUUCAGUGCAGAUAAUGAUCUUCAUUAGCUGGGGUGUUUCUGCUGUUUUUGCUUUUGCCUUGAUCUAUUUUAAAUUAAAUCUGAAAGGAAUUGAGGCAUUUUACUACAAUGAUAUUGCAUGCAAUGGGAGUUGCACACUUGUAUUCAAUGAAAUAUCAGGGGUGAUUGCAUCAAUAAUUUCUUUCUACCUUCCAGCAGUUGCCAUGCUCUGUAUUUAUUGUAAGCUUUAUUUUGUGGCGAUGAAACAAGUGAGAAGUAUAAACAGAAUAACCAUUGAACUUCAAAACAUCAGAGUAAAUAGAAGCCGUUGUUCACGAAAGCAAGAACAAAAAGCUGCCAAAACUCUAGGAAUCGUAGUGGGAACAUUCCUGAUCUGUUGGUCUCCAUUUUUCGUUUGCAACACAAUGGAUGCAUUUGUCAGUCAUUCUAUUUCACCAGUUUUGCUUGAUACCCUUGUUUGGUUGGGCUACUUGAAUUCUACAUUUAAUCCUGUUAUCUACGGCUUCUUUUUUGCCUGGUUUAGAAAAGCUGUAACAAUUAUUUACACAUGCAAAAUAUUUCAGCCUGCGUCCUCCAGAAUAAACAUGUACUGAAAGUAAAAUAUAAAGUAAGUGAAAAAACUUGCAUAUGUAAAUAAUAACCAAUUAGCUUAUUUUAACAUUAACAUUAUUAAGAUUUUUAUAAAUUUGCAAAUGUCGUGACUUUAAAUGUGCUGAUCAGAGGAGAGAAUCUUACUUCUAGUUCACUGGUUGUCUUCACACACAGAACAAACAUCCAGAGGCCUUCCCAAUUCCUCAUUCCACAAAAGCUUGAAAAUUCCUGCCCAAGUUAUGGAACAGCUAGCAAUAGUUUCUUUAAAAAACACUGUUUAGCCCACUCCCCACUCAUUUUUACUGUAUCACCUGGAAAUCUUUUUUGAUUUUUCUGGAUUUUAUAUGCAAUAGGUCUCAGAAUUAUAUACGUUGGUAAGAGUUUUGUCCUCACAUCCGUGGAUGCCUGUGCAACUCUCUUUUUCCUGAAAAAAUGGCGUGUGGCAGGACUAGAACAGGGAUUUUGUGGGAUUGAUGGGCAAAAGAGAAUGGAGGGAGUUGUGGAAAACCAUGACACAACGGAAUUCCCCCUUCACUCUCCUGGCCAACUGAGUUAAACUUCCUCAAGAAUGAGGAUUUUGAUGGAUACAGAAUCAGUGCUUGAUAGGAAACAUGGUGGAAGAUUGUUUAUCGAACAACGGUUUGUGACUAGUGGUGUGUCGCGGGGAUCAGUGUUGGGCCAAUUGCUGUUAAUCAUUUAUAUCAAAAUGCAACAGGUCCUUAUUCUUUCUAUUUGAACUAAAAUAGCUGGUAUCAUAGACAGUGAAGAUGCUUAUCAGGAAUUACAGCAGAAGCUUAAACAGCUGGGCAAAGGGCCGAGGAAUAAUAAAUGGAAUUUAAUUCUGACAAAUAUGAGGUGUGUUUUGGGUGGUCAAAUCAGGGCAAGAGCUUCACAGUGCACGAUAGGGCUCUGGGGAGUGUUGCAGAGCAGAGGGAACUUGGA